CGUCGUAGUAGUCUCUCCCGGGCUGCGUGGACGUCCUUUUUCCAGCGAAUAGCGAGAGAUGCCUGAGGAUAAGCCUCCCCAGAAGAAGGCCAAAGGUGCCAAGUCUGCCGAGGCAAAGGCUGCCAAGCCUGCAGCGGCUGCUGCGCCAAAGCCUAAAGCAGAUGCAGCACCCAAGGCUGAUAAGCCCAAGCCAGCAAAGGCAGAGGGUAAGGAUGCCAAGCCCAAACCCGUGAAGACUGAAGGUGCUGCCAAGCCCAAGCCAGCAAAGGCGGAAGGCAAGGACGCGCCCAAGGCCGCCAAGCCCAAGCCUGCAAAGGCUGAGGGUGGUGCUGCUGCAAAGCCCAAGCCAGCAAAGGCUGAGGGCAAGGAGAAUGCAGCACCCAAGGCUGCCAAGGCUAAGCCAGCAAAGGCAGAAGGUAAGGAUGCUGCUAAGGCCAAGCCAGCAAAGGAUGCUGCACCCAAGGCUAAGGCUGACGGCAAGGCCAAGCCAAAGGAAGCAAAGGCUACCAAGACCGAGGCCAAGCCCAAAACCGAGGCCAAGCCCAAAGCUGCUGCUGCCAAGGGUGAAGCCAAGCCCAAGGCUGCUGCCAAGGGUGAAGCCAAGCCCAAGGCUGCUGCCAAGGGUGAAGCCAAGCCCAAGGCUGCUGCCAAGGGUGAUGCCAAGCCCAAAGCAGCUGCUGCCAAGGGUGAUGCCAAGCCUAAGGCUGCUGCCAAACCCAAGGCCGAUGCCAAGCCUAAGGCUGCAAAGGGUGAUGCCAAACCCAAGGCUGAUGCCAAGCCUAAGGCUGCAAAGGGUGAUGCCAAGCCUAAAGCUGAUGCCAAACCCAAGGCUGAUGCCAAGCCUAAGGCAAAGGCUGUCAAGCGCCCAGCAGAUGACAAAGGAGGCAAGGCUGAGCCUGCAGCCAAGGCUGCCAAGUCUGCCAAGACAGAAGCAAAGCCAGCAUCUGCAAAGGGCAAGGCAAAGGAUGCCAAGCCAGCAGCUGCUGGAAAGCCCAAGACAGAGGCCAAGGGUAAGGAUGCAAAGGCUGCGGCCAGCAAGCCCAAGCCUAAGCCCAAGACUGAAGCCAAGCCAUCCACUGCAGCCAAGAAGGAAGCAGCAAAGGAUAAGGCAAAGACCACCAAGCGCGUAGCCAAGCCUAAGGUUGGCGGAAAGAAGACCCUCACACUAACAGGCAAGAAGCCUAGGCCGAAAGUGCUGAGCAAGUUGGCGAAGGGCAAGAACAUUGUACUUGGCAAGAAGAAUAAGAUGAAAAUCUGCGUGGACUGCAAGCAGCCCGUGGAGGAUGGUAUUAUGAAUAUUGCCGAUUUUGAAACGUUCCUGCAGAAUAAAAUUAAGGUGGCCGGCAAGAGAAACAACUUCUGCAACCAGAUUUCACUGGAACGCAGCAAACACAAGAUCACACUACAUUCAGAAAUCCUGUUUGCGAAGAAGUACCUCAAGUUCUUGACAAAGAAGUACCUGCAAAAGAACAGUUUACGUGACUGGCUGAGAGUGGUCACUCCUCCUCUGGCAAAGGACACUUAUGAGCUGCGGUACUUCCAGAUCAAUAAUGAUGAUGAUGAAGAUGCUGAUGAUUAAGCCAUUGCCCAAUAAAGGGAGGAGUGUUAA